AUGGAAGAAAAGAAGACUAUCUGCCGUCUUGAGAAGUGGUCAAAGAUAAAAGAAAGUGCACUGCAACAAAAAGCCAGGGCAAGUUUUGCAGCAUGUACAGCAGUUAACAAGAUAAUCAUGAGAAGAGGGAAUGCACUGACUCAUACUCAACAACUUCAACUUUGUGAAGAUGUGACAGAGAAAGAGAUUUAUUCAGGUCUCCAAAAUAUAGGAGAUGACAAAGCUCCGGGUGUGAAUGAUAUAAUGCAGUAUUCUAUAAAAGAGCCCUGCCAGUCAAUAAAGAUGAAAUCAUUGAAGCUGUACAAGAGUUCUUUACAACAAGCAGAAUAUGUACUUGCUGGCAGAAUUCAGAAGGUGAUAGCAUCUACUAUCACUGAAACUCAUUCAGGAUUUAUCCUAGGAAAGAGGGUAGCAGAUAAUGUGAUAAUGGCACAUGAGUUGGUGAAGGCCUAUACAAGAAAGCAUAUAUCACCUAGAUGUAUGAUUAAGGUUGAUAUUCAGAAGGCAUAUGAUACAGUGGACUGGAGAUUUUUGGAGCAAAUGCUGACAGAAUUGAAUUUCCCUAAAAAAUUUAUCAGAUGGGUGAUGGAGUGUAUUACUACUGUUAAUUACUCUGUAGUUAUAAAUGGAGAGUAA